CCUUUUUCUCCAGUUUAUCUGCAACAGUGGAGUCCAGCAGUGACUAAAGGCAGAGAUGAAGAAACUGUUCCUUCUGCUCAUGCUAACAACGACAUCACCCUCUGCAUUUUCAGGCCGCCGGAUGAAAAGGCAGGCUGAUGUCUGGGGGAGCUGGGGUGAAUGGAGCAAGUGCAGUCGGAGCUGUGGCGGUGGAGUCAGCUUUCGGCAACGGCACUGCUAUUCCCAAAGGACAGGAGGUCCUUCCAGUUGCGUUGGAUCAACACGAAGCUAUCGGUCAUGUAAUGUUCAGAACUGUCCGGAAGGCUCCCGGGAUUUCCGGGCAGAGCAGUGUGCAGAGUUUGAUGGGACAGAAUUCCAAGGCAAGAAAUAUAAGUGGCUUCCAUAUUAUGGAGCACCUAAUAAGUGUGAGUUAAACUGUAUUCCAAAGGGAGAAAACUUCUACUACAGGCACAAGGAAGCAGUGGUAGAUGGGACUACCUGUGAACCUGGCAAGCGAGAUAUCUGUGUAGAGGGAGUUUGUCAGGCUGUUGGCUGUGAUAAUAUGCUGGAAUCUGUCAAGAAGGAGGACAAGUGCCUGCAGUGUGGAGGAGAUGGCAACACCUGCUAUGGUGUGAAGGGCACUUUUGAUGUGGCCAGCCUCCCCAAAGGUUACAAUCAAAUCUUUAUUAUCCCUGUGGGAGCCACAAGCAUCCAAAUUAAGGAGGUUAAGCCCAGCAGGAACUUCCUAGCUGUCAAGAACGUGCGAGGGGAGUAUUACCUGAACGGGCACUGGACGAUUGACUUCAGCCGGGCGCUGCAGGUGGCCAGCACGGUGCUGCACUAUGACCGUGGCUCGGAGAGUGAUGUGGCCCCAGAGCUCCUCCAUGCCCGGGGUCCCACCACAGAACCCCUCGUCAUUGAGCUCAUCAGCCAGGAGCCAAACACGGGGGUACAGUAUGAGUAUUACCUGCCCCUGCAAGGACAGGCCUCGGGUUACAGCUGGAGCUACAGUUCCUGGAGCGAGUGCAGCUCUGAAUGUGGAGGAGGUUUCCAAUCCCGCUUGGUGUUUUGUACCAUAGACAAUGAAAUUUAUCCAGACUAUAUGUGCAGGAAUAAACCACAACCAGACAACAACCGGACAUGUGGUCAUCAGCCUUGUCCCCAGACAAAACGGACUUCUUACAUCUACCUGCCGCAAGCCUGGAGUCACAGUGGCGCACGAAGCUCUCAGAUGAAGAGCUGGAAAACGGGAGAGUGGGGAUCCUGCUCAGCCACCUGUGGCGGGGGCACCCAGACCCGCUCCGUGUACUGCAUGGCGUUUGACGGCCAGAGCCCGCAGGGGGUGGUGGAUGAUGCCGAGUGCAUGGCCUUCGCCCAGCAGCCGCGCCGCAGCCAGCCCUGCAACGUCCGGCAGUGUGCCACCUGGAGCACAGGGCCCUGGUCUGAGUGCUCAGCCAGCUGUGGGGAAGGAGUGCAGACCCGGACUGUCACCUGCAGGACGCAGCAGGGCUCUCAGGCUCAGGACUUCUCUUGUCUAAUGGAGCCAAAGCCAUCGGCCACCCAGCCCUGCCUUAAGGAGAAUUGCAUCCAGGAAAUCGGCUGGCACGUUGGAGACUGGGGUCUGUGUUCCAAGAGCUGCGAUUCAGGCAUCCGGACACGCCAGGUCAUCUGUGCUGACAGCGACUCCAAAUUCUACAGUCCUGAGACAUGCAAAGCCAUCCAGCCACAGAAACCAGCCACCCUGGGUAGCUGCAACACACAGCCCUGCUACCUGCCACAGCAGGUCCCCAGUAUGCAGGACACUAUGGGAUACAAUGUCACUCGCCAGUCCCUGCUGACGCGUUACAACCCAAACAGCCCUGCCCCAGUUCUCUCCCCAGAUUCUGAUGAUGGAAGGAUGCUCCCUGGGAACACCAUGAUCCAUAGUGCCUCAGGGAAUCAGCACAUUCCAUCCACCAAAGACCACAGCAUCAACUUGUUUGCUGUCCACUGGGAGCCCCAGUCCCGCUCCCCAGGUUCCCAUCGGCUCAGCUUCUCUCAGGAUCCCCCUGCAGGGACUGGCUCCCAGGACUGCCACCAGAGCCCACAUGGCUGCUGUCCAGAUGGGCGCACUCUGGCGUCAGGCCCUCUGGGGAGAGGCUGCCCUUUCAGCACCUGCCACCAAAACAGGUAUGGCUGCUGCCCCGAUGGAGUAUCGGCUGCCCAGGGUCCAAACAACAUUGGAUGCCCACAAUAUUACCAUGACAUUCGAACGAGACAAAAUCAUCCCACUGUGACCACUCCAGCAGCAAGCCAAGCCUUGUCCCAGCAGCACCCCUCAGGCGAGUGCCGUGGCUCUGUGUAUGGCUGCUGCUUUGACAAUGUCGCCUCAGCCAGAGGUCCUCGAGGGGAAGGAUGUCUCAAUUGGCCCAACUACCCAUACCCUGUCAUGUGCCUGCUGCCCAGUGCCCACGGCCCCUGCACCAACUGGACCACUCGCUGGUACUUUGUGGGAGUUGUUGGCAAAUGCAACCGGUUUUGGUAUGGCGGCUGUCACGGCAAUAAAAACAGCUUUGCCUCGGAGGAGGAGUGCAUGAGAGUGUGCCACAGCUCUGUGGGAGUCAGUCAUCUGGAGCUCCAGCCCUCUCCUGGCACAGAAGCCCUGCAACACCAGCAGACUGGCUCCAGUUCUCACACAGGACGUGCUCAGGGUCAGCAGCAAUCACCCACAAGAGAGACUGCAAGUCACAUCCAAGAAGAAAGAACCUAUGGGGCUUCACUCCCCAAGCAAGACAGCCACAGCUGGAGGAGGGACGUGCUGCCAGAGGCCUUGCCAAGGACUGAUGUGCUGGAGAGCCAGCGCUGGGACACCCAGCGAAGCAGACUGGACAGCCUGGGCCAGCUGCACUCCUGGGAAACAGCCAUGCCUAGGCUGGACAGGCAGAGCAGCAGUGGCCAGCAGGUGCUGCCCCGGGAAGGCAAGCAGUGGCAUGAAGCUUUUGGAGCAGAUGUUUCUGUGACAGAGGGAUUUGGGCACCAGGAGUCUGCAGACUUGUUCCCAGCACAAGCUCUGCACAGAACAAUCCUGGAGGAAGCCAAGCCCUCUCUUGUGACAGCAGUUGUGGGACAAAACAUCCAGCUGGUCUGCAAGACAGGCGUGUCCCCACUCUCCAGAGUGGAGUGGGUGAAGAACAGCCGACCAGUCUUCUCUGACAGGCACACCUACCAGUCCGACAGCUCCCUGGUGAUCAGCCACGUCCAGCCCGAGGACGCUGGCACCUACACGUGCCUCACUUCUGACGGGAGGACGGAGAGACGACAGAUUCAGCUGCAGAUCACAGGUGAAUUAUCUUCUGCCCAGGACCAGAGAGAGUACCAGAGCAGUGUUCUGGCAGAGGGUGAGAGAGGUCGGGUCCUUCAGGAGGCAAACCAGCAGCGCCGAGGGUUAUCCAGAGGCAGGCAGCUUGUGCAGGCAGCCGGCUCCUCUGUGCAUCAGCAGCUCACGUACAGGUUGAAAAUGGAUAAGAGCGAGCCCACAGUAGUGGAUGCCAAUGUUGGGGAGAGAGUCAGACUGCCCUGCACAGUGGAAGCAUCACCAGCUCUCACCAUUGAGUGGCAGAAAGAUGGGCAGCCCCUCUCCUCUCCCAGGCACAGGCAGCAGUCGGACGGGGCCCUGGUGAUCAGCCGGGUCAGCUCUGAAGACAUUGGCUUCUUCACCUGCAUUGCCUCCAAUGGACGUGACCGCGACCAGCGCCAGGUCCUGCUCCGACCUCUAGGAGAGCUGAGGAUCACUGGUCUUCUGCCAAGCAUCACGGUACCCGAGGGAGGGACUGCUCAGCUUCAUUGUACAGUGACUGGCAACAAUGUGAAUAUAAGGUGGUCAAGGAAUGGAGUCCCCAUGCGGGGGGAUGGCCACCACAUCCACCUGUCCCAGGAUGGAAGCCUGACUAUAAGCAAUGUCCAAGAGGCUGACGAGGGAUCCUACACAUGCAGUGCCUACAGCAGCAGCAGCUCAGUCAGUGCCAGCUCGGAGGUGAAGGUGCUGAGGAGCCAGCCUAGCACUACUGUGAGUCACAUUGUGGACCCGAGCAGAGAGUGUGUGGACCAGCCCCACCUUGCCAACUGUGACCUGAUCCUGCAGGCCCAGCUCUGUGGUAACGAGUACUAUUCCAGCUUCUGCUGCGCCAGCUGCGCUCGCCACCGCCCCCAGGGCAGCCCCCCGCACCCCCGUGGAUGACAGCCACCACCACAGCCACGGUGACCAAUGACAAGACUGGAGGUCUCAACUCUGUUCUUUUACUGCAUGGGACAGUUCUAGGAACUCUGCCCUGCUGGAAAGCCCAAGAGGGUGAAUUGAACAGCGUGUAGUGAGUGUAAAUGCUCAAAGGUGGGAGACCCAUCACCCUCAGGUUUACUGUAAACUCCUUUUCCCCUGUAUGCCUUGCUGUACCUAAUCCAUCUCUUAAAAGUAGCUGCUGUCAUUCACAGAAAUAAGAUGAUAGUAGGGAUGUGAGGAUGAUGUGACUAGAGAAGGCAGAUGACCAGCAUGAAAGAGGGAGAGACCAAUUCUUCAUACAAGCAAGAGAGUAGUGCUCUUAAAUACAUAAUCUCUGAAGUGUUUGAAGAUGGGCCUGAACCAUUUCAACUGAAGCACUAAUGAGCCAUGAACAUUUGUUCCUCCAAUGAGCAUUGCUGAACAAGUGCUCCUGGGGAGCACUUUCCAUCUAAAUGUAAAGGACUCUGGCCAUGAGAAACAGCUUGAUGCAUAUAAAAUUAGCAUUCAGGUCCUAGGAGAUUACUGGCUCUCAGGAUGCAGUUGUAAUGUCAUGAUACUGUAGCUGUUUUAUUCCAGCAGACCUUAGACAAAUUUCUAUUAGGGUCAGUUUGGUUUCUACUUGACUGCAAUCAGCUUUGGAGUGAAAUGCAGAAGCAAGGCUUCACAUAAAGCUUAAGACAAAUAGAAAAACUACUUUGAGCCCUUCCUGAACACUAGGGGUAAUUUAGGUGAAUAUACCAACACUCUUACCUGUUCUGAGAUGCUGCAGUUUAAACAGCAUUCUAGGAAGGCUCAGCAGGUAAUCUUUUUCCCCUGAGCCAGAACUGUGCAGUUCUGACAUGCUGAGUUUGGGCAGGGGCUAAUAAUAAACACACAGAAAUACAUGUGUAGGGGCAUUUCACUUGCCAGAACAAGCCUCCCAAGGAUCUGCUCUAGUCUCAGUUAAAGCCAGAAAAGCCUGGCUCUGCAUGUGGCCUGGGCUGAGGCCUGCUGCUACAGGCUAACAAGUUAGGACUUCCAGAUGCAGAGCAGCUGUAGCUGAAAAGCAUCCUUUAUUUCAAGACCAAAAUGGACUGGCAACAAGUGUGCAUCUGGGGCUCUGAAAAUCUCAGGCAUAAGGGGUGGGGAGGUGAGAUUAUAUUAUAUCAUGUUAAACCAGGAAAGGCCUUGGGUAUCUUCAGUAUCUCAAAAUGGAAUUACUUUUGAGCAAAAGGAUUUUUUUACAGCCUCCACACUACUGUUCUACCCUAGCAUCAGCCUUGACAGUCCCCUUCUUCCUCAUUCUAGACUUGGAUGGGUUGAUCAUAAUUAUUAGCAACAUUACCCAUGUAUUAUUUGCAUAGAUGUAGGUAUAAACUGGUGUGUAGAUAUUGAUGUUUUGGUUGGGGGAAUGGAGGAUUGGGUUCUUUUUACUUUUGUCUUCUACUUGUGUUACUUUAAGUUUUUUUAAGAAAUGCAGCUAAAUCAGCACUGUGCUCACACCACUCUCCUCUCCUUCACUCCUGACUCAGGACCCAUCAGGUCAGCAGCAAAACUCAGGUGUAAAUUGCCAGGGUUGGCAGCCUAGAACUGGUUUGUACUCUAAACCCAGUAAAUCAGUUCACAUGGACCUAAAGAUAAGAAUCACUGACCCAAUGGCUGUACUCUCAUCAGCACAGGUAUGGUUCAAGACUGGACACACUGCUCUAGGAUGUGAACAAACAGAAAAGUCUACAAGCAAUCCAGUACAGGAGAGACAGGUGACAGUCACAGCUAUUUGGGGCUGGGUCCUUCUGUGGUCUGAUAGAUUCUGUUUGCUAGGAAAGACAAAAAUACUUAUUUUGCAUUUAAGACCCUUUAAUUUGAUUAGGGGAAAUUUCCUCUACUGGACUGCAGGGCAGGCAUUACAGUAUAAGGUUUGAAAUAAUUGGAUAUUUAAGAACAAUGAGAUGGUCCUGAAAAUAUCCAGUUGUGUUUGUACAUGUUUUUCCAUUUAACAUCUCAGGCCAGCACCUUUUUCUCUGUGUGUCUGUAUGGGAUAUUUUACCAUUUUAGUAUAUGAUAUGAUUUUUGCCAGAGACCAGGGACUAAUCAGAGACUCUGUAAAUUCCAGUCAUUUUGAAGCCCUCUCUGUUCCAUGUGUGGCAUCAAGGGGUAGUCAGGCUCUGCUCAGGAGCAUGGUUGGAAAUGGAUUGUGGAUGUGUCAGACCCUUUUGUUCCAGAGUAAGUAGCCAGUUCUGUAAAAUCCCUUUCUAAGAUGCCAGAGGCUCUAUUUUUAGAAUAUUUAAAUAUUCUCUGUAGUCAGCUGUCAUUUAAACUCUGUGGUUAUGUAAGAUGGGGCCAGGAAGUGCUUUCUCCGGAUUCCUGGGGGCUGUAACAGCCUCCUACCUGAUGAUGGGCAGGACUUUAACACUGGAAGUGCUCUGGCUAGUGGAGCGUUUACAGUGACCUCCUUUCAGCUGCACAACCAUGGCAGUAAGGGUGGGCUUGACAGGCAUGCAGCUCCCUGCUGUAAAUCCAUGCCAUCAAGUUAAUUAAAGGAUCUUUGCAUUUAUUCUGACAAGAUCAGCUUCUCCCUCUCUGUAGUACCACUUAACCACCUACUCAAGGUUUACUUUUUUUAUGUGAGAAUCAAGACGUUCAUUUUCUUCCCUAAACAAUGGGUUGUAGGAAGUGCUUAUGUCCAGGGCAGGAGAAGGGUGUAGCUAUACUGGGCUAUUUUCAGCCUGAUCUUGGGGCCCUUACUGUGAAAGAUACAUAACUAACUGCUUUCUUUCCUACUAUAAAUGUCUGUAAAUACUUGUUUGGUUUUUGAAAUCUGAAAAAAGCAUUGACACCAACUCAAAUCCGAUAGGGAGUGUUUGCAUUACUAUUCAUACCAUACUGAACACAGGUAAGAUUAUCUGUAAUGUCACAAGUUGUAGUUUUCUAGACUGUCACUAUAAGACUCGCUGUACUUGCCUAGAAAUAGAAACUGCUGGCAAGCUCAAAUCUGAGGGCUGACAAAGGGAGUGUUUCUUCCCCUUCAGCUUAGGGAGUCUGACUUUUUUCCUUGUGUCUAAACUAACGUGGUGCCCAUAAGAAUGUGGUAAGUCACAGUAACAGGUUAGAUAUCAACUCGCUGGAAGGACAUAUGGCUCUUUUUAACAAUAGGGGAAAGAAAGACUUUUCCUUUUUGCCAUUACUGAAUGUUACUGAAUUGUCUCUUUGUAAAUAUUCAGUGAUAGAAAAUACAAACCUUGCAAACCCAGAAUCUGAUGCUUUCAGUAAAGGCCUCUAUUUUAGAGCUUUAAGUGUUUAUGCAUCACAAGGCUAUUUUGAAAUUCAGUUUUAAAGUUCAAUGCAACCUAACAGGUUGUAGAAAAUGAGAGGUGUUAAGAUAUUAUUCUUAAGCUGCUAGGUCGGCAAGCAGUGCUCAUCCACAUCCAUCUUACACGACAGAAGAUACCCAGAAGGGCAGAUGCUGAAACUGAAUUAGGGUGGGAAAUAAGUCCCUCACAGACAGUGCUUCUACCACCAACAUUUAUUUCUGUUAAAGCAGAUUAUAAAUCAUCAGUACAAAUAUAUAUAACUUACAUUUGCUUGUAAGGCCAAAGUUUAAAAGUAAAGUUAAAAUGAGAUGGUUUUCACAAGUCACCAGAGGCAGAACCUGGACCGGUUGCAGCCUUAACCACAAGGUUUCACGAAUCAAUGGGAAAAAAUAAAACCAAAGUUAAAAAACUCUAAGAACUAUUGACAGACAAACAUAAAAUGGUUUCCCAGGCAGCCCUAGGAUGUAGAUAUGAUGACAGUAAGUUGUCACAGUAGUGUUAGAACCGAUAGAUUAAGACAAAGAAACUGCAGCAAUAUAUGAAAGGAAAAAAAAUCCAUACUAUAUAGAAUAUGUAGACUGAUUCCAAUAAAAAACAGUAAAUUCUCCCCAUGGUUUUCAAACCAUGACAAUACUGUUCUUUAAUUUUCUUUAUUUAAAACUACGAUAUAAUGACUUAUUGGUUGUGAUUGUUGUUGCAAUAUGCUACUUACAAUGAACAGAUACAAGAACAAGCUAGAGCCCCUUUUUCCACCCCCCCAAUAUUACUUACUAUAAGAAUCAGCGAUAAAUCAAUCUUAUGUACAAUUUCUUACAUCCAACCCCCUUGUUUUUUAACCUUUGGCAAGAUUACUUACAACUCAUACAGCUUUUAAUAUCCAACUAUUUAAAAUAUUCUAAAUGCAUAAAAAUAAAGAUUUUGGCUUUACUUUA